AUGGCGAAGGAGUUCGUCGAGGUCGAGGUGCCCGCGCUGUUGUUCCCGCGGCGAGAGACGCUGCUCCCGGGGUCGAGGCUGACGCUGCACCUGUACGAGGCGCGGUUCUUAGCGCUGCUCGAGGACGCGAUGAAGCGCACGGGAGGGUUGAUCGCGCAGUUGACGUUUUUGCCGAGCGAGUCGAGCGAGGAGGAAGGGCUCACGGUGAACGCGUCGGCGACGCUGGCGAGGAUCGAGACGGUGACGCGGGAAGCCGUCGGCGCGCGCGUGGACGUGGUCGGCGAGGCGAGGGUGAAAUUGGAAGGGAUCGCGGGGCGAGAGCCGUUCAUCACGGGAGUGUUCACGCACGUGCCGCAGAUGGGCGACGCGGGGACGUACGUGCCGAGCGAUGCGGAGCUGGCGCAGGUGAAGGAGGUGACGGAUUACAUCGAGGGCGCGGUUCGGGACGUCUUGUUGCUGAGCGCGAGGUUGUUGGGCGACGCGCCGAGCGACACUGACGUCGAGAGCGCCGAGAGCGAUGCGAAGGACGAGGACGCGGACGAUGAAAAUACCGUAAAUGAGUUCGACGACGCGUCGUUCGAAGGGAUUUGGACGCAUAAGGAGGUCGGCGACUUGCGCUCCGCCAUGGCGUGGGUGGACGCGCCGAGCGUCACCGUCGAACGCAUCGAAGCCGAAGUGACGAUGGAGGACGCCGAUUGGACGACCGUCCCGGAAGGAUUCGCUCAUAGCCCGCUCACACGCGCUGAACGUCUGUCGUUCGCCGUGUUACAAGUCGCUCCGGCGUCGACGCCGACGGAUUUACAAAAGCUCAUCGCCUGUCGCGCCGUCGCCAUGUCCACCGACCACGGUUUGAUGGACCGCCUGCGACUCGGCGUCUCGGUGUUGGACGACCAGCUCCAAACCCUCCGCGCUAAGGUGGCGCUCAAAAGUUUAGGUAAUUCGAUCAAUAGCUAG